CCGUGACUUCUUUCUUCUACGCCAUCGACUCGCCGUUCAAGUUACUAUCCGUUAUUCAACCAUCGGUACCUGGAGCAACCUCUAUCCCAGAAACAAAGGAGGAGCUCGAAUGCAUCAAAGUCCAGAUUGGCGGCCGAGAUCAUAUCAUUCUCGAAGGUCAACAAGGAACGAAGGCACAGGUGAUGAAAGCAAUGAAGGACAGCAAUUGGGUUCAUCUGGCUUGCCAUGGCUCUCAGAGACAGGACGAGCCGACCAAAAGCGGUCUAAUUCUCGAAGAUGGUCACCUGACUCUGGAAGAGAUCAUCAAACUCGAUCUUCCGAACGCCGAGUUCGCAUUCUUGUCGGCAUGUCAGACGAUGACUGGAGAAGAGACACUUUCGGAUGAAGCGGUACAUAUCGCAGGAGGAAUGUUACUGGCCGGGUAUCGAGGGGUGGUAGCAACGAUGUGGUCUAUACAAGAUGAUGUAGCUCCAGAGGUAGCGAACGAGUUCUAUCGACGUAUCAUGGCAGAUGGAGGUAGACCCGACAGUAGGAAAGCGGCAGAGGCACUACACUAUUCGAUACAACAGCUUCGGAAGAAGGGAGGAAUUUCACCUACGACAUGGAUUCCAUUCGUGCACCUUGGAGCAUAG